AUGAUCUCGCUCCUGCUUAGCACCGGCAUUUGUACACCUCAGCUCCAAGCUCAAAUAUCCCUUGCAUCAUUUUAUAAUCACAAGAUCUUCGAAUCAAACCCGAGACGCAUCAACAGUUACAGGAAGCCUCACAACAACUUCAACUUCCAAGAGCUACUGCAGAGCGCCAUGGAUCAUCAAAACACACCAGCUAGACACCACCAACCCGAUACUCCUAUCGACCGCUCAACAGGCUCAUCUGGGGAUCUGACGCCGAUGGAGAGAUGGGCAAGAGAAAACGCCAAGGAGGAGCCAUGGAACGCGGUUGCUUCCAAGACCAACCCGAGUGGCGGGGAAUAUUCCAGUGGGCAGGGGACAUCGUCAACGAGAGGGCAGAGUGGGAGCGUGGGAGUGGGAUCAAAUUGAGAGCGUAUAACGAGCUGAAUGCGAAGGGUAUUCAGUUGCACUUGCACGAAGUAGCUCCUAGUAGUAUCCGCACGUGAAAGUCGU